GCUCUGGGCCCCCCACGUGGGGCGGGCCCGGCCCGGGCAGAACCGGCCCCGCUCGUGGCCGGACCCGCCGGGCCAUGUUCCCGGAGGAGGAGCGGGACGGCGGGGCGCAGGGGCCGGGCCGGGCCCGUGCUCGACAGAGGCCCCGCGUUGCCGCCGAGGGCCCGGGCCGGCCGGCCCCCGCGGGGAAGCGGCGCCGGCGGGUCCCCGGGGACGGGGCGGCCCAGGAUGAGGAGCCGGCAAGGAAGCGGCCCGCGGCGCGGAGAGAGGCGGCGGGGAGCCCGGCCGGCACCGGGGAGCCGCGGCAGCGCCGGGACACAGAGGUUUCUGCUGAGCUGUCCGGGGCACCGGCGCGGAGGCUGAACCGGCGGCAGCGGAAGAACAAGCUGAAGAACAAGCGGCGGCAGAAGGACGAGCCGACGGCGGGAGGCGAGGGGGAGGGAGACGCGGGCCCGGGCCCCCCGGAGCCGCCCAGCCCCGGCUCGGCCCCCCCGGGCCGGUCGGCGUCCCUGCGGGCGCGGAUGGAGGAGCGGCUGCUGUCGGCGCGGUUCCGGUACAUCAACCAGCAGCUCUACACGUCCAGCAGCCGCGACGCGGCGCGGCUCUUCCAGAGCGACCCCGAGGCCUUCCACAUCUACCACCGCGGCUUCGCACGGCAGGUGGCCCGCUGGCCGCAGAACCCCCUGGACCGCAUCAUCCGGUACCUGCGCCGGCGGCCCGCCUCGCUGGUGGUGGCGGAUUUCGGGUGCGGGGACUGCCGGCUGGCGCGCAGCCUGCGGAACCGCGUGCACUGCUUCGACCUGGUGCCGCUCAGCCCGCGGGUCACCGUCUGCGACAUGGCCAAGGUGCCGCUGGCGGCCGAGUCGGUGGACGUGGCCGUGUUCUGCCUGGCGCUGAUGGGCACCAACCUGCAGGAGAUCCUGGGAGAGGCCAACCGGGUGCUGAAGCUGGGGGGCACCCUGAUGGUGGCCGAGGUGGCCAGUCGCUUCGAGGACACGCGGGCCUUCCUGAGCUCCAUGGCCCAGCUGGGCUUCAAGAGCGUCUCCAAGGACCUGUCCAGCCCCUUCUUCUACCUGCUGGAGUUCUGCAAGGCCGGGCCCCCCCGGGCGCGCCCCCCGCCCGCGCUGCGCCUGCGGCCCUGCCUGUACAAGCGCCGCUGAGGGGCGGGGCCUGCGCGGGGGGCGGGGCUUCACACGUAGGCCCCGCCCACCCCUACGACCCUGCCUGUACAAGAGCCGCUGAGGGGCGCGGCUUAACCUAUAGGCCCCGCCCCCCGCGACCCUGCCAGUACACGCGUCGCUGAGGGGCGGAGCCUGGGCGGGGCUUCACCUGUAGGCCCCGCCCACCGCACACGACCACGACUGUGUACGAGUCGCUGAGGGGCGGGGCCUGGGGGCGGGGCUUUCCUCCGUAGGCCCCGCCCCCCCCCCAUCACGGCCCUGUCUACAAGCUCCGCUGAGGGGCGGGGCCUGGGGAGGAGAAGGCGUGGUUUCCCUCCAGGCCCCGCCCACCUCCGUGUCCGAGCACCGCUGGGGGCGGGGCCCCGGGGCGGCCCGGCCCCGCCCCGCGCACGCGCAGUUCCCAAUAAAGCCGCGGUUUCCGCA